AUGGACACAUGCUGCCCGCGUGAUUGUGACUUUAGAAGAUGGGACCGAGCAGUCAUACUUUCUCAAGGUCAGCAGUGUGCAUCGCAAGAGCUGGGAAAGCAGAUGAUCGAAGCAGCCCAACCGCCACUGGACAGUUCCGUGGAAGCAGUAUUGCUACGUAUUUCUUGCUCAUGGAGUUCCGGGAGAUGCAGACUGGAUCUCUGCACCCCGCAAAAUUUCAUGAAGCAGCUUGCAGAUCUUCAUACCCGCAGCACUUUCCCAACUGGGCAAUUUGGCUUUCACAUGGUCACUUGCGUAGGGCCAAAUGCGCAGGACACCACGUGGGACAGCUCUUGGUCUGCAUUUCAUACCAGACUCCUGCGUCAAUUCUAUGAUUGUGAGCUCAGCGUAUGUGGCCCUUCCAACGAUGCCAAGUACGAGGCCGGAAUGGAAGUAUUGCUCACGAGCACAAUUCCAGCCUUAUUAGAACCGUUGCAAGCAGACGGGCGCACUCUCAACCCCUCUCUGGUCCAUGGCGAUUUGUGGGAAGAGAACUGCGGUACAGAUUUUGAUGGUGGUCAGCCCAAGAUCUUAGAUCCUGCCGCCUUCUACGCCCAUAAUGAGUACGACUUCGCGGCGUGGAGAAGUGAGAAUGUUCCGUUCGGUAGACCGCACUACCGGCAAUACUUCAAGCACAUCCCUCCGAGCGAGCCCAAGGAACAGUGGGAUGACAGGAACAAGCUGUACGCUAUCAGGGCCGAGGUUCAUCGCUCCAGUCUGUGGCCCGCUCUUUGCGAGAGCCAGCGUGAGAUAGUCCUUGGGUAUCUGACUGACCUCACUGCCAAAUACGCCAAAGGCGAUGCCGUGGACGGUGCUGCAGACCCCCGAUUAAGCCAUGCAGGAAGGGUCCAUUUCGGUUUGACCGCACGGCGCGAGACCAGCGAGGUCGAUAUGGUACUUGGGUGCGACAUGAUCUUUGAUCGGUGA